AGAAUGCGCUACCCACGGCUUAAGUAAAAGCACACAGAGCAGAGGCACUCAGUCUGGCAGUUGCUGGGAUUUGAAGAAGUUGGUGGAUUUCGUCUGGCUUUAAACGAGAUUGAAGGGGUGUCUUUUCUUCUCCACUGUGUAGAAAUACUGAAAGGACAAAAAGAUACUGGAAAUAAUGAAAAAAGUGUGCCACAACUCUUGAUCAGAGACCUGAAAUUUGAGAAGAAGUCAUUAGCUAAGCUCAUGUUUUCUCCUGAUCAAGAAAAUCAUCCAUCAAAAGCACCAGUAAAAUAUGGUGAAUUGAUUGUAUUAGGGUACAAUGGGUCUCUCCCAAAUGGAGAUAGAGGAAGAAGAAAAAGUAGGUUUGCUUUAUUUAAAAGGCCCAAAGCAAAUGGGGUGAAACCUAGCACUGUGCAUAUUGCCUGUACCCCUCAAGCAGCAAAGGCAAUAAGUAAUAAGGACCAACACAGCAUAUCUUACACUUUGUCUCGGGCUCAGACAGUAGUAGUUGAAUAUACACAUGACAGCAACACAGAUAUGUUCCAGAUUGGUCGGUCAACGGAGAGUCCUAUAGACUUUGUCGUGACAGAUACAGUUCCUGGAAGUCAGAGUAAUUCAGAUACACAGUCUGUGCAGAGCACUAUAUCAAGGUUUGCCUGCAGAAUCAUAUGUGAACGUAACCCUCCUUUUACAGCAAGAAUAUAUGCUGCAGGAUUUGACUCCUCAAAAAACAUCUUUCUUGGGGAGAAAGCUGCAAAGUGGAAGACAUCAGAUGGGCAAAUGGAUGGUCUAACCACAAAUGGAGUUCUUGUUAUGCAUCCUCGUAAUGGAUUUACAGAAGACUCCAAGCCAGGGGUGUGGAGAGAGAUAUCUGUGUGUGGGAAUGUGUUCAGCCUCCGUGAAACCAGAUCAGCUCAGCAGAGAGGAAAAAUGGUCGAGAACGAAACGAACCAGCUCCAAGAUGGCUCUCUAAUUGACCUGUGUGGAGCGACACUCCUGUGGCGCACUGCAGAAGGGCUUUCACGCACUCCUACUGUCAAGCACCUGGAGGCACUAAGACAGGAAAUAAAUGCAGCGAGGCCCCAGUGUCCCGUGGGGUUUAACACCUUGGCAUUUCCCAGCAUGAAGAGAAAAGAUGUUGUAGAUGAAAAGCAGCCGUGGGUGUAUCUGAACUGUGGCCACGUCCACGGCUAUCACAACUGGGGAAACAAAGAGGAGAGAGACGGCAAGGAUCGCGAGUGUCCCAUGUGCCGCUCUGUCGGCCCCUAUGUGCCUCUGUGGCUUGGAUGCGAAGCGGGAUUUUAUGUGGAUGCAGGACCUCCAACUCAUGCAUUCAGCCCAUGUGGACACGUAUGCUCAGAAAAGACAACUGCAUAUUGGUCCCAAAUUCCUCUUCCUCAUGGUACUCACACUUUUCACGCAGCCUGUCCGUUCUGUGCGCAUCAGCUGGCUGGUGAGCAGGGUUAUAUCAGACUUAUUUUCCAAGGACCUCUUGACUAACACGUGUGUUACUGAGGACUGCAGUAAACUGAUAAGCUAAGGGAUUCUGAUUUUUAAGCCAACUGUUUUUCGUAUUCUCUGGGCUUUGCUGGUUUGCGUUAAGAUGAAGAAUUUUUGGUUUUUUUUGUUACAACAGCUAAAUUCCGCUCUAUUGAGAAAGGUCUGGAAAUGGAAGAAACAGGGGAAGAAGGGGGAGAACUCCUGCUUUUGGUAGUUAAUAACUACUUUUGAAGAGGUGAAGGAAGUGUUGUAGCAUGAACUUCGAUGCCUUCUGUUUAAUGGUUUUGAAUCACAUGCCCACAGUGUUUGAAAGUUGUUUCAUUCUUUUUGUAUAUGGAGGGUAAAUAGUUCAAAAAACAUUAGUUUACAGCUUGGAUGCAAACGUUGUAAAAUAUAACGUGUAUAUUAACUCUUUUCUAUUUAUCUUUAUUAUUGAAAAUAUGUAGAACGUUUAGAGAGUAGCGUGGUCAUAGUGUGUUACAUCCAGCGACUGGAUGUGUAGAGUAGCUCUGGAUGGAGAAGACAUGAGAUGGAAAUGGUAGAAAAAUCUUUUUUAAUCUAAAAUACUGAGUUCUUAGAAUAGUUAAAGUGCUUUUUAAACAAAGCUAAUGCAAAUUAUGAUGGAAUAAAGGUGUGCUUUAACCAUGUUGAAAGGUAGCUAAGAAGGACUUCUUAAAAUGUCUUUUUGGUAGGACUGUACUUAAGAUCUGGUUAUGAGAAUAUUUACCAGAUUCUUUGAAUAUGCAACUUAGUCUAGAUUAAGGAUUUUUUCUCCCUUCAUGCUAACACAUCUCUUUAUUUAGCAUUAGUGACAUUUGUGAGGGUUUUUCCAAUGUUAAACGUUAACAAACCUGAAAGACCAGGCUUGUUUUGUUCCUUGCUGUUUGGGGCAGGGGGUGAGGGGAGGGGUGGAUGUGCCUAUGCACAUGUGGGGAGCAGGGAGCAAUUUGUGAAUUGGCCACAGUCCCAAGUUGUGACAGACUUGUCAGUCAGAUGUUCUGCCUUUCAUCUGGCCCAUUGCAAACUGGUGUGUGGGAGCCAAGGGGCCUUCACAUGCUUGCCUUGACCCUGCUGUGAGCUGCAACUACUCAUUUAGGCCACACACGGAACAAAAGUUGAAGCCUGGUACCCAAGGGAUGCGUGCCUACAUCCUGGCAUCCUCGUGCAACUUGACACAAUUGGCAAUCUGUGAGGGGAGAGCUUGAGCUGGGACUGGACUGGACUCUUAGACCUCGGUGUGGGAUGCUUGUGUAACGUCUGCUCACACUGUGGUGGGCUCUAGUUAGUAGCCUCUCUCGAUGCUCUUCCCUCCCUACCCUUCCUUUCCCUUCUGUAUCCACCAGAAAUGGCCAGUGCACUACAUCCAGCUUUGCUGCUAACCCACUGUGCUUCAUGGCAAAUAAACAACCUGACAUUUUUUAGGAUUGAGUUGAGCUUUUUUGGCCAGCUUCAUACUUUUUUUUUCAAAAUGCAUACUGUAUAAUUGACAGUAGCAAAUUUCUGUAGCUUAUAGCAUAGCUUUAAUUUUUCCUUUCAAAGCUGUUAUAAAAUUUUUUUGGUUUAAAGAAAGACCUAUGUUGCGUAGAUGUCAUGAAUUAUUUACUUUGACUGUCAAUUGUUUCUCCAUUUUGAAAAAGAAAUUAUAUAUAUUGUUUGGUUCACUCAGGAAAUGCAUGUGUCAGGAAACCUGUAUUAUAAGUUCAGCUAGCUGUCAUGUACAAGUAACUGCUGUUACACCCUUUCCAUAGAAAUAUAAUUGAUUUUGACAUUUUCCAGAUUAUAUGCAUUAAGUAAUGAAAUUUAUGCAGCAAGAAACCCCUGUAUUGUAGUUGUUAUAAUCAUUUUAUUCAAAUGAUAUUAUACUGUAGUUUAAUUUUUAUUUGCAAAUUAAUUUAUUCAAACUACAUGAGUAAACACUUUUCAAAAAUA